ACUAGUUCGCAUCUCGAGUCUUGUCUCAUCAAACCCUAGAGAGAAAGAGAAAGAGAGAGAGAGAGAGAGAUAGCAGCAAUGGCGAUGAAGAACCUAUUGACCUCCGCCCUCCGGUCUCAGAGGCGUCUCGCCCUUAACCGAGCCGCACGAGCUUUGUCCUCCGUUUCAGCUCUCGAUUCGGCUUCUCUGACGUCUCACUCCCCCUCGCCGCCGACGCCGAUUCUCAUGCCCUACGACCACGCCGCCGAGAUCACCAAGGAGAAGCUCAAGAGGCUGGAGAAUCCAGAUCAGAGAUUCCUCAAAUACGCAUCUCCUCAUCCAAUCCUCGCCUCCCACAACCACAUCUUGUCCGCCCCGGAGACACGCGUCACCACCUUGCCCAACGGUCUGCGAGUCGCCACCGAAUCCAACCUCUCCGCGAAGACCGCCACCGUCGGGGUAUGGAUCGACGCUGGAUCGAGGUUCGAGUCCGAUGAGACGAACGGGACGGCUCAUUUUCUGGAGCAUAUGAUAUUCAAAGGCACGGAGAGGCGCACGGUGAGGGCGUUGGAGGAGGAGAUCGAGGAUAUUGGUGGUCAUUUGAAUGCGUAUACGUCGAGGGAACAGACUACUUACUAUGCCAAGGUGAUGGAUUCGGAUGUGAACCAGGCUUUGGAUGUGUUGGCUGAUAUCUUGCAGAACUCUAAGUUCGAGGAGCAGAGGAUUAACCGGGAGAGAGAUGUCAUCCUCAGGGAAAUGCAAGAGGUGGAGGGACAAACUGAUGAAGUUGUUCUUGACCAUCUACAUGCCACUGCGUUCCAAUACACACCUCUUGGAAGAACUAUUCUUGGACCUGCUCAGAAUAUCAAGUCUAUCACCAGAAAUGAUCUUCAGAACUACAUCAAGACUCACUACACAGCUUCCAGGAUGGUGAUUGCUGCGGCAGGAGCUGUCAAGCAUGAGGAAGUUGUUGAGCAAGUGAAGAAGCUAUUUAACAAGUUGUCAUCUGAUCCGACUACUACUACUCAACUAGUUGCCAAAGAACCUGCUAGUUUCACGGGUUCUGAGGUUCGAAUGAUUGAUGACGAUCUACCCCUUGCACAAUUUGCUGUGGCCUUCGAAGGAGCUUCUUGGACAGAUCCAGAUUCCGUUGCUCUUAUGGUUAUGCAAACCAUGUUGGGUUCUUGGAACAAAAACGUUGGUGGUGGCAAGCACAUGGGGUCUGCCCUGACCCAGGGGGUUGCCGUUAAUGAAAUAGCGGAAAGCAUAAUGGCAUUCAACACCAACUACAAGGAUACUGGACUUUUCGGCGUGUACGCAGUUGCUAAGGCUGAUUGCUUAGAUGAUUUAUCAUAUGCGAUUAUGCAUGAGGUAACCAAGUUGGCCUUCCGAGUUUCAGACGAUGAUGUGACACGUGCGCGCAAUCAGCUGAAAUCAUCGCUAUUACUUCACAUGGAUGGAACUAGUCCAAUUGCUGAAGAUAUUGGUCGUCAGCUGCUGACAUAUGGGAGAAGAAUCCCAACGGCUGAACUCUUUGCAAGGAUCGAUGCUGUUGACGCCAGCACGGUAAAACGUGUUGCCAACAAGUAUAUCUAUGACAAGGACAUUGCAAUCUCAGCUAUUGGUCCGAUCCAAGAUUUGCCAGACUACAACAAGUUCAGACGCGGAACCUACUGGAACCGUUACUAAGCCUCUGAAAUAACGCUCACAGAACGUCCACAGGGAGAGCAUGUUAAGGUGGGGCGAUGGAUUCAUUAUUUUUGAGUUUUAUUUUGCUGUAAUCUUGCAUAAUUUUCAAUCGUUGCUGGUAAAAAUAAAUAUACCAUUUACUCUAUUUAUCCGGCUACAGGAUGCUAGAGAUCCUAUGUUUUAUUGCUUUUUACUUCUCAAUAAUUUUGCCAUACAUACUAAGUUGUUGGAUGUUGUUUGAAAACCUCGAAUGGAAUCAUUACUUUCAUCUGUA